AUCACUUUGGGGGACUUUGCAAUAGCUGUAUGCCUUGUUGCCGUGUUGGCUGUUUCAACGCGAUUUAUACGUGGCACUGGAUGAGCAAAUAUUUGUAAUUUUUAAUAGUAAUGCUUGAUCAAUAAUUUUGUAACAGGAUGAUUACCCUCGAAGUUUCGAUCGCCUUGAUCGUUCUACUCGCCGUUGGUAUGAUUAUUUUGUUCUGUCUGGUUAUCGCUGUAAUGACAGAGCCUUAUCCAAAAAUAUGGCGUCACAAGGAUGAAAAUUUCUUCCAAAAUUUUUUUACUGGGCAAAGAGAAAAGUUUCCAUCAAUUUCUGAUGACUGCAGCGUACAUAUUAGCGUUGUCAUUCCUGCGUAUAAUGAGGAAGAAAGAUUACCCCCAAUGCUGGAUGAAUGUAUUGAGUAUUUAGAGAAUCGUAAAAAAUCUGGACUAACUUAUGAAAUCAUAGUAGUAAGUGAUGGAAGCACGGAUAGCACAAUUGUUGCUGCAGAGAGUUAUAGCCGUAAAUACGAAACUGUUCGAGUUCUUGGUUUAGUAAAAAACCGUGGGAAAGGUGGUGCUGUAAGAUUGGGGCUACAGAGUGCCAGAGGCAGCGUAGUGUUGUACGCCGAUGCUGAUGGAGCUACAAAGUUUAGCGAUAUUGAAAAAUUAGAAUCUAGUCUGAGAGAAAUUCUGGGGGUUGACUACACAAAGGAUUCUGCUAAAGCAGCAUUGUCUGAUGCUGUGGUAUGUGGAUCCCGAGCACACUUAGAAAAGGAAGAGACGGCAAAACGUUCGAUUUUCCGAACAUUCUUGAUGCACGGCUUUCACUUUCUUGUCUGGUUAUUGUGUGUGAGAGGUGUUAGAGAUACUCAGUGUGGGUUCAAACUCUUGACCCGCAAAACUGCGAGAACUUUAUUUAAUGCAUUACACGUGGAGCAAUGGGCUUUUGAUGUUGAAAUGCUAUUUAUUGCGCAAACUCUACGCAUACCAAUAACAGAAAUUGCAGUGAAUUGGACAGAAAUUGAUGGGUCUAAAGUUGUUCCUAUAUGGAGCUGGCUACAGAUGGGUCGUGAUCUUGGAUUAAUUUGGUUAAAGUAUAGAAUCGGAGCUUGGAAAAUAGCCAAACUAAAAGCUGAUUAAAAUUUGAGAUAUUUGUCCUGCAUAUGGAGUUACUAGAUUGUUUCAAUACAACUGCUUCGUUGUCUUUGAAUAAUUCUUGCGUUACAAUUUUAAACCGUGCAUUCUUUAUUCAUGUUGUGUUCUUUGUAACUGCCAGAAGCAUCAUACGUAUUAUUUAGUAAUAUAAAACAUACUAAGUAGAUAGUAUGUACGUAUAUUAUUGAAUAAGUAUAUUAAAAAAUCUGUUCACGAACGGUUUAACAUGUUUGUAUCUGCGUAUUACUUGAAAAAGUAAUUGGAUUCAGAUACCAUUACAUCACAUAUGUAUAAAUAUUUCUAAAGACCAUUCGGAAUCUCUGUCAGACAGUCUUGAACGAAUAUAUUUUAUACAAUUAUUAGAAUAGCUCGCAGAUCAAGCAAUUUUUUAAAUUAUACCACAAUGAAAGGAUUAAUAAGUAGAACAUCAAAAUGUUUCUGCUAACAGUAUACAUACUGCUAGUAAUUAUAUGUAUGUAUGUACCGUACAAUCGUAGAUUCUUUUGUUGAACUCCAUUGCCUGUUCCAGUCAACGAUUUCCGUUGAUUGCGAUCAACUGAAACCACACUCUGCCGCGCAAUUUUAUAUUUCUUUUUUUGAUUCCGUUUAAAAUUAAUUCGACUAAUCGAUCGCGUACGAUAUGUAUGUAUAGUAACAAGGCCCACAAGCGAUCAUGGGUUUGACAUUCGUUUCACAUUGUAGUAAAUUAGCAUGUAUUGCACAUUAUUGUUAAUUAUACGGCAUGUCCCAAAAAAUGGAGUGCUUACAUAAUUCGUUUAAAUUUCAUUACACUAUUUAAACAUCUUUAUUGUGGAUAUCAGAAGUUCCUGUAAAUAUAUUGCUAACCUUAAACUCUGAAUUUUGUACGUAUUACCAAUUCUUCAUAUCUGUUUAUGUGUAGGACACUUACUUAAGUUACAAUAAACCAUUACGCACA